UUAACCUAUUCGCUGUCAUUCCGUGAUUUCUGUUUUCUCAUUUGCGUAAUGUAGAUAAUUUUAUAAGAAAUAUUAAAUUUAAUUCGAAUCAGCAGUUCUAGUGUAGGUGUUUGCCUUGCCUCUGGUAUUACCUCACAGUGUUAUCUUUUCCAAACAUUAUCACUAGUAGAAUAGAAUCAUAUCUAAAAAACACCAAUGUAGUGCCAAGCAAAAAAUAGUGCUCGACAGUGAUUUAUCAAUACAUCCCCUCCAAUAUACACGUUAUUUUUAUGUGUAAUUGUGUUAAAUCGCAGUGUAUUAUUAAAUUAAAAUUUAUUUAUUAAUUUAUGUGCUGAUAUAAUCGUUAGCCGCGCAUUUAGAACAUUAAAAAUGAGUGAACCUGCGAAACAGUUCGACGUAAACUCUGAACCCAGUCUAUCGAACGUAGCGAUGACGGGCAAUGGAGCAGGCAUCACAUCGUUCAGGAAUUCAAUACCAUCGACUUCUGUCAACCAGAAUUCAGGACCUCCCGUUUUACCACCUAGACCUGAUAUGGCGUUGCAGCCAAGUUAUGGGAUGACAUCAAGCUAUGGGAUGAACUCCUAUGGAGGCAUGGGCGGUUCUUAUGGUUUAGGAGGUUCUUAUGGGAUGGGAGGUUCUUAUGGUUUAGGAGGCUCAUAUGGUAUGGGAGGAUAUGGGAGUUAUGGAUAUGGUGGUUUAGGUGGGGGAUAUGGCAUGGGAGGCAUGGGCGGGUAUGGUGGAUACAACAGAUUUGGAGGACCUAUGUAUGGAGAAAUGGAAAACAGAUUCAUUCAAAUAGCAGAAGAAAAUUCAAGACCAGCAUUUGACUCCAUUCAAAGCUUUGUAAAUGCUGUAGGCAGUGUUGCCAUGAUGUUGGAAAAUACAUUUUUUGCUCUAACGAGCUCUUUUAGGGCAAUAUUAGGUGUGGCAGAGAACUUUGGCAGACUAAGGUCAUUAUUUGCUCAGUUCUGGUCCACAUUCGCAGUAGUGCGGACACUGAACUGGCUCGUCAGGAAACUGAUGGUCAUCCUAGGCAUUAGGACGGAAAAUGAAUUCAAGGCAUGGGCACAAGCAGUGGCCGCAACCCAGGCUGGCACCGCCACUCCUGAGCAGCGCGCCCGCGGCUCCACCUGGCCAAUCCUGAUGUUCUUCGGUGUGAUUGCCGCAGCACCGUACAUUGUACUCAAGAUGAUGAGUGGACUCUCUAAGAGCAUUAAUGAACGAUUAAACGACCCAACCACCUGGCAGAACCCACUGCGAGCUGUCGCCCAAUACGACUUCCAAGCCACCUCGCCUCAAGAGAUCAACUUCUCCGCGAAUCAGGUCCUCAACCUCGCCCCACAGCACCUCCAGGGUCACCUCUGGAACUCCGGUUGGCUGAUGGGGUCAACAGACAGACAACACGCCGGUCUAGUGCCUGUUAACUAUAUAAAGGUCAUAAAACCAACAAACAGUAAUGAUAAUCAAAAUACCACCACGACUAGUAGCGAGUCAAAAGACAAAAUAGCUGACCCAGCUUUUAAUGAUUUAGAUAAAUACUACGGGAAUGAAUUAUAAAAAUAGUUAAGAAUACGGGAGAUAGAUCAUAAAACCAUAGAAAUAACUGAAAGUUUCUGUUGUUUCUUAACAAAGUUUCUGGCGAUGGUAAACACCAUUAACAAACCAACUUAUCCGAGUGGCGGCGGUGGACUCGCCCAUUUUAAUUCUAAUCAACCAACCAGUGACUCUUUUGUCUAGUUGGAUUGUAAUAUACUUAAUAUUUUCAUGAGAGUUACAUUCACCGCAACGGUACACUCGAUGACUGACAAUCCCAUAAGGAAUUAUAGUCGUGAACAUAUUGUUUUUUUUUAAACGUAAGUUAUGGUUUCAAUGUUUACAAUAAAAACUAUGAAAACAUCAGUAGUCACCGACACCAAGCUUAUAAUACGUAGAAAAUAGCAAUAUGUAGUAUAUAAUUAAGGUUAUAUGAUCAUUAGGGACUGUAUGAAAUAAAUCUACUUGACUGGUGGUAUCUGAUUUGGGUUUAAGGCUAGUUUAGAUUUGACAUUUAUACCUUCAAUUUAUGCUGUUGGAGAGUUUCUAACGUUCUAGGGGCCUACCAUGAAAUUCCGAAUUUUCAAGCUCAAUUUCGUGUUUUUGUUUGUUUCGAAAUCGGCUUAGUAAAUGGAGUUUAACAUUCCAUUCGUCAUAAAUCUUAUUAUAAGAGCCCAAACGAACGAUAUUUUAAUGUUUUUAAACGGCAUAUAUUAUGUAAUUUUAACACCAAAUUUAUGUUUCGUUCGGUCCCGAAAUUUCGGAAAAUAUUUCAUGGUAGGCCUUCUGUUCAGUUUAUAUGACAAUUGCUACUAAUAAUGUAAGCAUUUAAAUAUUCAAAUUUACAUUUAUUUGUGUACAGUUCGCGCGAUAUAAAUUGAACGUUCUAGGCCUAUCUUUAUAUACUUUAUCUAUGGAUUAAGAUUGUUAAUGUGAUGUAAUCAUUGACGUAUCAAGAAUUAUUUUCUAGUGGGGGGCGGGGGGGGGGUUACCUGGUCCCUUAAAAAAAGACAUAUAUGUAGAUAGAUUGAUACACUUUAUUGUUUUCUAUAAAAGAUUACAAUAGUAAAUUUAUUAUAGAUACAAACAAUUACAAGAAAUUAUCACAGUGAGAAAACAAUGGGCGGUCUUAUCGCUAAAAUGUAUUCUCUGAUAUGCCUUUAUGCAAAACUAGAAAGGUCCGUUCGCAACCUGUGGAGGGCACUAGAUAACUCUGAGAUGGGUAUGGCCCCCUUUCUUUAAUUUGCUUAUGGAUAUACGGUUGAUCGUAACGGGAUCGAUGUAAGCUUAAAUUACAAAUUUAAUGUUUGUUAUCUCAUUAUUGAUAUUUAAAAUCGAAGAAGAACAUACUUUAUACUUUAUUUGCAUUAUACAAUAUAGGAAAUAAGCAAAACAAUUUACAAACACAACGAUACAAUUGUAUAAGUACAGUAAGGCGGUCUUAUUGCUGAGAGUAAUCUUUUCAAGACAACCUUUCAGGUAAAGGACUAAUUGUUGUACAAGUAGGUAUGAUAGUACUGUAUAAUUAUAAUUAGUCUUGCAUUUAUGUGUUCAUAUACGCAGUUUCAAUAUACGUAACUUAAAAGAAUAAUCUAGCAAUUUAAUUUUAUUAUAUUAAUAAUUAAUAUAAAUUAAAUAAAAUAUAAUUAAUAUUUUAUCUAAAUACAAUAAUAAUUAAUGAUUUAUUAAAGAUGCUCUAAUAGGGACUUGAAACGUUAAUCGUAGAACAAGUUGCACAUAAACAUAUCACUAAAAACUUUACAACUACUUCAUAUUUUUUAUUUGAAAUUUUUCAAAUAUAUUUCUAUGAUCAACCAUAAGAGUUACUUAAAAAAAGUUUAGUUUGCUCUUACGAGCACUUUUUAAGUGAUAAUCAAUGAGAAAUAUUAAGAUUUUUUCUCCUGUUGUUACAUUCUUUAAUAACUCUCUUAUAUCGCGCGAACUAUACACAAUAAUAAUCUCGAUUUGCCAAAAAACUUUGCCGAUUAUUAUUUCUUUGUAGUAAAAUAUUAUUAAAUCAACAUUAUAUUUAAUAUACUCAAAAUUAAAUUAUUACUUUGUUAAUUAUAAUGCAAUGUCAAUUAUACGUAGAUAUAUAAUAGGUGUGUUUUAUUAUUGAAUAUUCUAUUAUUAAUUAUUGUGAAUAAUGUAAUUUUUUAUUUUUGUACACAAUGUUGCAUUUCCAUUGACUGUUUUGCGUUGUUUAACUUUUUUUUUAUAGUGUUUAUUAUGUAUGUAAAUGCAUUUCUUGAGCUUCGUUCAACAUUUAUAAUUCUUAAGUGACCAUUAUAGACGUCUUACGUUUGUAUAUAAAAUCUGUAGUGCCCGAUUUCAAUGUAUUGCUUCCAAAGGCAAAAAAAUGUCGCCUAAUAAAUGACGACGUUGACUUGUAAUGAAAAGAUUUUGACCAUCUGACACCUUCCUAAAUCGGGUUCUGAAAAUUUGUAUAUAAUUAUUCUCUUUCAAUUGCUAAUAUAUUUGCUAUUACAGCUUUUGUCAGUUACCUGUCUAGUCGUUUAUUGCCUUUGAUUUUUUAUCAAUAUGAAACAUUGAUAUAAUUACGCAUAAUAUAAUUAAUUUCAAAUUAUUAAUCUACGCAAUCACAAAUAAUAUUUAGGUAUUUUUAUAUUUUGCGCAAGAGACAAGGACAAAUUCUUGAUAGUCAAUCUCGUUAGAGAGAGAUGCUAUGUGCAAUGUCGAAAAUAUCCAUGUUAUGUUAUAUGCAAUAUAUUCAAUUCGUAAUAAAAUUAUCGGCAGUCAUCUUGUAUUCGGUAAUUUUGUAAUAUAUCGUGUCACGACAUAUGGUAAGAUUUUAAUUUUCCGCGACUGUUUUGUGAAUGUGCGCAAAGUUUAUGCUCUUCUUCUUUUCCUGAAUUGUCACCGUUCUUCGUGCCAUUAUUUUCGGUGACCACGCGAUAAAAGGCUGUAUUAGUUUAAACAAGUCUUAGGACCUACUUAGACGUGGGAUAAUGGUUGGCGUUUGCGUAGAACGUAAACGUCAAUAUCUAAAUUCAUUUCUGUUUUAUGUGAUUCCUUUUUAUGCGUACACUCUCUGGAUCCAGUUAUAUGUAGUUACAUUUCUAGCUUGUGUAUAUUUUAUUUGAUAAUUAUGAAUUACGGGAUGGACUGAUUUUGUUACGACCAAUAAAUUAGAUUUAAUAUUAA